AUGGCAAAACUGCAUAAGUUUCUGGUUCUUAUAAUUGUCCUCGUAUCGAUCACAAAAUGCGCCCAAGCUACCGGGAAAAAAUGGGCCAAGAAAGUUGGGGGAGAGAAGGAGAAAAUGAUCAAUCUCCAAUUCUACUUUCAUGACACACUCAGCGGCAAGAACCCAAGUGCCAUAAUGGUUGCUCAAGCCAAUACCACAAAACAAUCCCCAACACAAUUUGGGACUGUCAUGAUGGCGGAUGAUCCGCUUACCGUGACGCCCGACCCGAAUUCGAAGCUCGUGGGGAGGGCCCAGGGGUUGUAUGGAUCAGCAGGGCAGACUGAUUUGGCUCUUAUCAUGGCUUUAAGUUUUAGCUUCACGGAUGGGGCGUACAAUGGUAGCACAAUCAGCAUAUUUGGGAAGAACCCGGCUUUGAACCCAGUCCGAGAGUUGCCAGUCGUGGGCGGAACCGGAGUUUUCAGGAUGGCGCGUGGAUAUGCUACUGUGAAAACACACUCUUUAGAUCCAAAAACUGGUGAUGCUAUUGUGGGGUACAAUAUUACUGUUGUUCAAUAAGGAUGCUAUCUUUGCCCUUUAUUUAGGAUUUUGUCUGGUUGUUCUGAAGUGCUUUUAGGGUACAGGCUUUGAGGCCACAUGGUCAUAAUUGAGACCUUAUUCAAUAAUGGGUGUCUUUGGGUAUUAGUUUCAUUAACUAUUGAAUCUUAGCCCAUUGGGCUUUUUCUUUGUAACUCUUUUUAUAUUCGGCUUGGU